CAAAAUCAAGAAGAACAGUUUUUUACCAAAAUGACAAUCAUCAUGGGAAAGAUAUUGCUAACACUAUUAUUGCUAUCAUCAAUUUUCUCAAUAGCAACUUCAUCAAAAAGAAAAUCAAAAUCUUCAAACAACAACAACAUAGAUUGGUGGUGUAACCAAACCCCACACCCCGAAGCAUGCAAAUUCUACACAAAACAAACACAUUACAAUGACAACAAAAACAUCAAACACAAAUCAAAGUUCCGUGAAAUUCUUAUCCAUUUAGCCUUAGAGAGAGCCGUUAUAAUGCGAAACAUAGCACGUGACUUAGGACAAAACAACUGGUUAACAACCAAGAAGAAAAAAUCCGUGUCACGUGACUGUUUAAAACUCUACGACAACACCGUUUUUCAUCUGAACAGAACAUUUCAUAAUCUUCACAUCAAAAAAACUUGUUCAUCAUUCGACGCACAAACAUGGCUCAGCACUGCUUAUACAAACAUCGAAACAUGUCGAAACGGAGCGUUAGAAUUAAACAUUCCAGAUUUCGUUUUACCAAUCAUGAAGAAAAACAUGACAGAGAUUAUUAGCAAUGGUUUGUUCGUCAAUUGGGAAUUUGUUAAACACGAAAAUGUUCAUCACACCGACGACGACAUCAAAGAAGCUUUUCCGAGAUGGUUGUCGACUCGAGAGAGGAGACUAUUGGAAUCUUCGAGUUUAAAGGCGCAUUUAGUUGUGGCGAAAGACGGUUCAGGGCAUUUUAAGAGUAUUCAAAGUGCUAUUAAUGCUGCUGGGAAGAGAAGGGUUAAAACGAGAUUUGUUAUACGUGUGAAGAGAGGUGUUUAUAGAGAGAAUAUUUUGAUUGGAAAAAUGAAUGAUAAUAUAAUGUUGGUUGGUGAUGGAAUGAGGUUUACCAUUAUUACAAGUGAUAGAAAUGUUCAAGCUGGUUUUACAACCUAUAGUUCUGCCACUGCAGGAAUAGAUGGACUUCACUUUAUUGCACGUGACAUUACUUUUGAAAAUACGGCGGGACCUCGAAGGGGUCAAGCAGUGGCACUUCGAUCAGCAUCAGAUCUCUCUGUAUUCUAUCGUUGCGCGUUUAAAGGGUAUCAAGACACUCUCAUGGUUCAUGCACAACGUCAAUUUUAUAGAGAAUGUUAUAUCUAUGGGACUGUUGAUUUCAUCUUUGGCAAUGCAGCGGUAGUUUUUCAAAAUUGCAUGAUUUUAGUUAGAAGACCUUUAAAUGGACAAGCAAACAUGAUCACAGCGCAAGGUAGAGAUGACCCAUUUCAGAACACGGGAAUUUCAAUUCAGAAUUCACAAAUUAGAGCAGCUCCAGACUUCAAACCGGUUGUUUCGAAAUUCAAUACUUUUAUUGGUCGGCCAUGGCAAAGAUACUCUAGAGUUGUGGUUAUGAAAUCUUUCAUGGAUAACUUGGUGAGUCCAUUGGGUUGGUCUCCAUGGGGAGGUACUAAUUUUGCUCAAAAUACUCUAUUUUAUGGAGAGUAUAAAAAUUUUGGGCCUGGCUCAUCAACAAGAAACAGAGUAAGAUGGCCUGGUUAUCAUGUUAUGAAUAGCCCAACUCAGGCAUCACAAUUCACUGUUGCUAAUCUCCUUGCUGGUGGUUCAUGGUUACCUGCCACUGGUGUGCCAUUCACUUCUGGCCUUUAAUCAUUGUCAUGUAUGCUAGCUAUAUUUGCUUAGUUAAAUUUGUUGUUUUCAAUUGGUUCAAAUUAAAUUAUUAUAUUGUACUUUGUGUGUAAAACAACACAACAUUCUUUUGUACAUUUUGAGACAAAUAAUAAAUUAUAAUUGCUGUA